CACCUUGCCCGUGACUUUAUAAGUUAUAAUGUAGGUUUAAUGUUGCCCUGCAAUGCGUGCGUGAUGCGCCCUUCAUCUUUGCGUGGGAAGAAUCAUUUCGCUUCUGUAAAAGCUGAUCUCGCUUCUGUUUCUUCAUUGCUGCUUUAUUGUUAUUUCCUAUAGAUUAGGGGUUCGAAUCCCUAAGAUUAGGGUUUUGGUUUUUUUUCUUCUGCAGUCUGUAUCUAUUGUGCGGCUAUAAAGACUUGCCUUUCUCCGCCAUUUUUAGAAGCUUGCUUUGAUUUCUCGUUACAAUGCGUCAGUUGAUUCGAAAGCUGCAGAGAGUGGCGAAUCCUCCUUGUACUUCUGUGCAAUUGCAGCGGCCCUUGCUAGGGGACGAGGAAAAGCAGAAAUGCUGCGGUAAUAGAAAGAGCAGAGAGCGAGGGUUUCGUGUGGAUGUUCCGGAAGGAUUUCUGCCUGUGUAUGUGGGAAAGGACCUCACCAGAUUCGUCAUCAACGCGCGGUUUCUCAACCAUCCGAUUUUUGCCGAGCUUCUGCAAAAAUCUGCGCAGGAAUACGGUUACGAGCAGAAAGGUGGCCUCAAGAUCCCCUGCGAUGUUGUGCUUUUCGAGCACAUAAUCUUUCUUCUCAAUAACGAUGAUCCGGCUGUUCAAAAUCUGAGCCUACGGGACAUGUCUGAGUUUCUUUCUUACUAAUUUAGCUAGGGCUUCCAUGGAUUUUGUGUAAAUGAAGAGAUUUCUUCUUUUUUAUGGAAUGCAGAUCCAAUUGCUGUAUAUUAUUACUGCUGUAAAUUUUGACUCUGUAGGGGUUUCAAUGUAUACUUUGAAGGCCAAAUGAUCUAUGAUUUUUAAUGAAUGAUCUCGGUAGGGAAUGCAAGUUUGUUCU